AUGCCUACGGCUCGUGAGAGAUUGGCCGAGCUGAAGGCCCUCCGCGCCUCGGGGAAAAAACGAAUCUCCACAUACGAAAUCGAGGACCAAGGCGACAUUUACGAUGAAGUUGAUGAUGAUGGCUACAAAAAGGUCAUCCGAAAUCGUCUUGAUCAGGAUGACUUUGUCGUCGAUGACAACGGUGCCGGUUACGCAGAUGAUGGCCGCGAAGUGUGGAAUGAACAGACAGCAGAAUAUGACAGCGGCGAGAGUGACGAGCUACCGGCCCGAGGCAAGGCUGCCAAACGAAAGCGAGAGGAGGAGCAGCAGCGAAAAGAGAAAAUGAACAAUGGUAUAUCCAAGUAUUUCAACAAAGGACAGGCCACAGCUUCUGCCACCAAGCCUAGGCCCGUCGCUACCGCCGAGGACGAUGCAUUUAUGGCCGAUCUUCUCGGAGAGGUCGACACCAACGUUGUAUCAAAUCACGCUCCAACGCGAAAUAUCGUCAAGUCAGAGGCCCGACGCAAAGUUCGCGUUCUCUCGCCGCCCUUGUCCGAGAAGCGUCGCCGUGAGAAGGUUCAUACAAGACAGGAAAACCACAUGCCGAGUUCGCCAACGAAAGACCAGGCACUCCAUUCUGACGAUCUCGACGACGGCCCUCUGCCGAUGCCAGACGAUGACGACGUUCCCAUGAGUGACAUCUUGCCUUCAUCUCCGAUCAGUAAGGCAGUAGAGAGACGGAAUACUGUACCGGUCAAGGCUGAAGCGCUGGAGGACGAUGAUGUUGACCUCAUGGAUAUUGCAGAAGUCACUGGUGACUCCGGCGUUAAAACAGAAACCAUCAAUAUGACCGGCAGACGGCCACCCCCAAAGAUCAAGCACGAUCCCACUCCCGCACCAGCAAGUUCGUCUCCAGUUAAAUCCAUGCCAGAAAUUGCGGACGCUUCUUGGAAUGACGUGAGAAGCAAGUUGAAUGUUCUCAGCAGUCCAGCUCCGGAGAUGCGGUCCUUCGGGAAGUUGCGUGCCCAAGAUGUUGUCGAAGAGGACGGCAGUCUGCGUAUUUUCUGGCUGGAUUAUACAGAAGUCAAUGGCAGUCUUUGUCUGUUUGGCAAAGUGAAGAACAAGCAGACUGGAUCCUACACUAGUGCAUUCGUCAAGGUUGACAACAUUUUGCGAAAGCUGUACUUCCUUCCACGUGAGUACCGAUACAAGCAUGGCCGAGCGACUGAAGAAGAGGUCGGUAUGGAAGAUGUCUAUUCAGAGGUCGAUGAAAUGAUGUCUAAACUUAGAGUCGGCAUGCACAAGAUGAAACCGUGUGAACGGAAGUAUGCAUUCGAAAUGCCCGGCGUUCCAAAGGAGGCAGAGUAUCUCAAAUUACUUUACCCCUACGAUAAGGCCGCAUUGCCAAUGGAGACCAAAGGAGAGACCUUCUCGAAUGUUUUCGGUACCAACACUUCCCUGUUUGAACAAUUUGUUCUCUGGAAGAAUAUAAUGGGCCCUUGCUGGCUCAAGAUCGAUCAGGCCGAUUUUUCCGCAGUGACCAAUGCCUCAUGGUGCAAGUUCGAAUGCCAGGCCGCCAAACCAGCCCUCAUCAGCCUCGUUCCAGAUACCGAGAACCUAGAUGCUCCGCCACUCACAUUGAUGAGUCUUUCCUUCCGUACCCAGCUUAAUGUCAAGGAGAACAAACAAGAGAUCCUGGUAGCGAGUGCUCGAGUGUAUGAAAACGUCUCUCUCACCGACACCACUCCCCCAGAGAAGCUUCCGUGCAAGACAUUCACUGUUAUGCGCCCUGCCGGUGCAUCAUACCCAAUGCAUUUCGAAAUCGAAGCCCAAAAGCAGCGAGGUACCGUCAUGCUCGAAAGGAGCGAACAGUUCUUGCUCAGUAAGUUCCUGGCUAUGUUCGAGAAGAUGGACCCCGAUGUCAUCAUGGGACAUCAGUUGCAGGAUGUCGACCUAGGGAUUCUUCUCAGCCGGAUGCGUGAAAAGAAGACACCCGGCUGGCACCGUAUUGGCCGACUUAGGCGUGGAGAUUGGCCCAAGCACUUUAACAAGGGCGGCAAUUUCUUCGCUGAAAGGCAGUUGAUUGCGGGAAGAUUGAUGUGUGACGUUGCCAACGAUAUGGGCAAGUCUCUCAUGAUGAAAUGCCAAUCGUGGAGUCUGACCGAGAUGUGCCAACUAUACCUCGGCCAAGGGAAUGCCCGCCAGGAAUUGGAUGUCGAAGCCGCAUUGAAAACCUGGGCGACGACUAAAGAAGGUCUCAUGAACUUUGUCAACCAUUGCGAUACAGAUACGUACUUCAUUGCGGCGUUGGUUCUACGUCUUCAGAUGCUGCCGCUUACGAAGGUCCUGACCAAUACCGCUGGUAAUUCGUGGGCACGCACGCUUAGCGGCACGCGUGCUGAGCGAAAUGAGUAUAUUCUGCUGCAUGAAUUCCAUCGCAACAAAUACAUUUGUCCCGACAAAUAUUCUGCCCGUCUUCAGAAAGCAGAAGAAAAGAUGCAGGAUGGAGAUGAGGAUGAGACGGUUGAUAAGAAAAAGAAAGACAAAUACAAGGGUGGUCUUGUUUUUGAGCCUGAAAAGGGUCUCUACGACCGGUUCAUCCUUGUUAUGGACUUCAACAGUCUGUAUCCCAGUAUCAUUCAGGAGUACAACAUCUGCUUCACAACGGUUGACCGAACCGCUACAGCUGAGAAUGAGAACGAGGAGAAAGUACCCGAUGUGCCCGCCUCGGAUCAAGAACAAGGUAUCUUACCUCGGCUCAUCGCAACUCUGGUCAAUCGUCGACGCGAAGUGAAGAAGUUGAUGAAAGACAAACGUGCCACACCAGAGCAAAUGGCAGUGUGGGACACGAAACAACUGGCCUUGAAGUUGACUGCCAACUCUAUGUACGGAUGCUUGGGAUACACGCAAAGUCGAUUCUAUGCUCGGCCUCUGGCAAUGCUCACCACCUUCAAGGGACGUGAGAUUUUGAGAAACACCAAGGAGCUUGCAGAGAGCCAGCAAUUGCGAGUCAUCUAUGGUGACACCGAUUCGGUCAUGAUUAAUACAAAUAUGGACAACAUGAGUGAUGCCCUCAAAGUCGGCGAAGAGUUCAAGAAAUCGGUCAAUGAGCGUUACCGAUUGCUAGAGAUCGAUAUCGACAACAUUUUCCGCCGGCUCCUUCUGCAUGCCAAGAAGAAGUACGCUGCUGUCAAUCUCACCGAGGUGAAUGGCAAAUAUGUGGAGAAACUUGAGGUAAAGGGUCUUGACAUGAAGCGUCGUGAAUACUGUGCCCUCUCAAAGGAGGUAUCAUCUAAGCUUCUCAACGAAAUUUUGUCUGGUGAAGAUCAGGAGGUUGUUCUCAACAACAUCCAUGAAUACUUGCGUGAACUUGCGGAGAAAAUGAAGGAAUACAAGAUCCCCGUGCAGAAAUACGUGAUCUAUACAAAACUUUCAAAACGACCCCAGGAGUACCCUAAUAAGGAGACCAUGCCACCAGCACAAGUCGCACUUCGCGAAAUUGCCCGGGGCAAGACCGUUCGACCAAACGAUGUUAUCUCAUAUAUUGUGACCAACGGAGACUCGGAAACGUCAUCUUUGCCCCCUGCAAAGCGAUCAUACAGCCCGCAAGAUGUCUUGAAGUCCGACUCAGCACUCAAGCCGGAUGUUGAGUUCUACAUAUUGAAGCAAAUUUUCCCCCCAAUCGAGCGUCUCUGCGCUCCGAUUCCUGGCACCGAUGCCGUCCGUCUUGCCGAGUGUUUAGGUCUUGAUACUCGCAAAUAUCAGAUCAACACAUCCAGCUCCAGCAACCAGCAAAAUGCCGAGAUCACGCCGCUUGAGUCCCAGAUUCCAGAUUCGGUCCGGUUCGCCAAUUCUACACGACUGUCUCUGAGAUGCCGCUUCUGCAAAGAACAGUCUGUGUUCGAGGGUCUGGUUGGUUCAUCCCAUAUGUGCACCGCUCAUGGAAUCAUUUGCCCGAACCAAAGCUGUCAGAAACCUUUCUCUGUCGUGACUAUUGUGGCUCAACUCGAAAACCAGAUACGCGAACAGACCUCGCGAUACUACGAGGGCUGGUUGGUGUGCGACGACUCAUCAUGUGGCAACCGUACACGACAAAUCAGCGUAUAUGGACACCGUUGCUUAGGUCCUCGAGGUCGAGCAGAAGGCUGUCUGGGCCGCAUGUCGUAUGAGUACUCGGAGAAGGAGGUGUAUAACCAGCUCUUGUACUUCGCCGGUCUCUGGGAUGUCGACAAGGCCAAGGUCGCCGCCGAAAAGGAGGCAGGAGAGAAGAAGGAUAGUGUUGCUGCUCUUGCAGAGUUUAACCGCAUAAGAUUCGGUACGAUGAAGGGUGUGGUUGACAGCUAUCUCAAGAAAUGUGGUCGACAAUGGGUUGAGAUGGAUGGUCUUUUCCGCUUUAUGUUACAGUAG